UCUCCGUGUGUGUGGAUGAUGAGAGAGUGCGAGUGUGGAAGACAGCGAGUGAGUCCACUGCUCAGGACGGGCAAAGGAUUCGUGUUUUCGAACAUAGGGUAAAGGGGGCAAUGGACAUUAUAAAAGGGCUUGUCGCCAUCGGGACUCGAUUUGCCCAGAUUUUAUGCAGCUGUUGAUGGCUAGUCCUGAGAUGUCAACAUGAGGUAGAGGUGGCACAUUCCAGGAAAUCCCAGCUGAGACGGAGUGUUUUCAAGCAUGAACCGGGCAUUUAACAGGAAAAAAGAUAAAUCAUGGAUGCACACUCCAGAAGCCCUGGCCAAGCAUUUUAUAGCAUACAAUACCAAGUUUCUGGGGAAUACGGAGGUCGAUCAACCCAAAGGUACAGAAGUUGUAAGAGAUGCUGUCAGAAAGCUGAAGUUUCAGAGGCACAUUAAAAAAUCGGAAGGACAGAAGAUCCCAAAAGUGGAAUUACAGAUCUCCAUUUAUGGAGUGAAAAUAUUGGAUCCUAAAUCCAAAGAAGUACAAUACAACUGUCAGCUGCACCGAAUAUCUUUCUGCGCAGAUGACAAAACGGAUAAACGGAUAUUCACGUUCAUUUGCAAAGAUUCAGAGUCCAACAAACAUCUCUGCUAUGUGUUUGACAGCGAUAAAUGUGCAGAGGAGAUCACUUUGACCAUCGGCCAAGCGUUCGACUUGGCAUACAAGAAGUUUCUGGAAUCUGGUGGUAAAGAUGUGGAAACAAGGAAACAGAUAGCAGGCCUUCAGAAAAGAAUUCAAGAUCUUGAAGUUGAAAAUUCAGAGUUGAAGAAGCAGUUACACGUCUUAGAGGAGCAAAUGAUGAUUGCUCAAGUCCCCCCUCUUCUUCAUAUUAACUCUUCUAAUGAGGCCUAUAUGCUUCAGAGACCGUCAUCUCUGUUCUGGUGUCACAACAUGACGUCUUUCUCUUGUCUCGAAAUCUCUUCUGUUACGCUAACGCCAAUGAGCUCACCCGACUCUAACCUUUCCUCUGGUCUUCUGACACCUCCACAUGCUAAAGCAGCUGACUCGAAGCCUCCCAGCGGAGUCGGUGUUCCUCACCCUCCUGGAGACAGCAUGUCCUCAAAGACGCCCACUGACAUAUUUGACAUGGUUCCAUUUUCUCCCAUGACCCCUCUGAUUCCAUUACCAGCAAGUAAUGGCUCAGCCCCACCGCCCCCAGUGAGGCCCACAGAGAUGAGGAAAGACCUGUUUGGUGCUGAGCCGUUCGACCCGUUUACCUGCGGGGCAGCUGACUUCCCCCCUGACAUCCAGUCUAAACUGGAUGAGAUGCAGGAGGGGUUCAAAAUGGGACUAACAGUAGAGGGCGCUGUCUUUUCCCUUGAUCCUCUAGAUGGUCGCUGCUGAUGCCAAGAUGACAUUUUUAUCGCAUUCAUGUUAAACCAUUUGUAUGAAAGUGCCAAACUCGGGUUUACAGUGAAGAUGUCAACUUCUUUUUUCUUUUGUAUUUGCAUUUGAACUUGGUUUACGAAAUGAAUAUUGAAAAAUCUCGAGCGGUAGAUCACUAUUUUUGUAAGAACUGAGACAAUAAUGUAGUUUUAAGUCCCCUUGCUUGAACAGGCAUUAAAGGAUGUAGAAAAUACAUCCGACUGCACACUCUGUGUUAUCAAUUUACACAAACAAAGCAGCAUUUUUUAAUAAUCUGUAUGGCAGGAUGCAGCUGUAUAUGUCUCUCAUCAACUCAUAAAACCUUCUCUCUCUGUCUGUCAUUACUGAUAGCUCCCUUUACAUUAUUUUCUAUCUAUAUUUUUAACACUUAAUACAAUAUAGCAUAAUAAUACAGGGGUUAUUAAACUCACUCCUUUUGUAUUAAAAAGUAUUAAUGAAGAUAAAGAAGUAAAAUUGUGUUGUUUUUGUUUAAUGCGAUGGAUUCAUUAAAAUGCAGUAUUUUUUAACUAAACAUCAGUGCCAUAAAUUGCAGGACUGGAUUAUUUCCACAUUAACGUGUACUUGUAUUGCAGUUUAUUUUGUAGUAUAUAUUUUAGUAUACUCUUGCACAAGGAAGCACUUUGGAGAAGCUGUGUCUAUGUAUUAUUGUCAAUUCACUUUGUAAGCAUUAUUUUAGCCUUUGCUGUUGUAGCCAUUAAAAGGAAACGGUUCAGAUGUAUUGUGUAAUUUGUUUUAUAAUAUAAACCUUUACUUUCAUCUCACAAAAAACCCAUUUGGUAUGUUUUCUUUAACACAUCUUGAACACAUACCAUAGUUCAACUACGCCAUAUUGCAAUCUAAAGAAGUUACAGUAAAAUAUUAAUUUACUUAAAUAUUUUAAACUGUUCACACAUUUUUUACUUCAUUUUCCAGAUACACUUGGAUAAGUGAUUGAAUGCUUUUAUUCACAACUUUUUUUGUAUGUGUCAAAUACAUGAUCUUAAACAUUAACAUCAACUUUAAAUUAUUUAUCAAUUAUUUUUAAUAAUUCCUUUUCAAAUGAAAAAUGUUUGGCUUUGGAAAGUGUACUGCAUGUGUUUCAUUCAUUUAGCUUGUGUACUGGUCACGCUGUACUAAGGAACACCACUUAAAGAAUGUUACCCCAUUCUUACAUUCAUCGUGAUGGUAAGAUGUUGUUUUCCAUCCUUUUUUCUUAAUCAAAUUAUUUUGAUAAUAAAAACUUUAAACAAAAAGGACAAAAGUUAAAGUAAAACUAGUAUAAUCCUUGCAAUCUUUCAUCAUUCACUCAAAAAUGUAAACCCCUUAAAAAAUAUGAGUCAAAAGUUAGUAAACAAAUCCUGCAUAAAAAAUCACUCUUGUUAACCAGCGUUUGUUAUCAAAAACUUUAGUUUGAAACAUAAAGAGAAUAUAAUAAAGAAAAGCAAUACCUUACAAAUGUUUUAAAUGUGUCCAGCGCAGCAAAUGAUGCUAUUCAUUGUCAUUUUAUUAUGUAAAACGUAUUUUCAUGCCAAAAAAGCAAGAAAUGAAACAUAAGCAUUUUUAAAUGAGGAAUAAGGGGAAAGAAAUAGUUUGAUUCGAUAAAAUCAGAAAUGAUAUGUUUGAAAUGAUCUCUGCAUGUUUAAUUUUGCAAAGCAAAUACACAAGAUUAGCUUUAAGCCGUACCAAAUGGCUUAAAAUAAUUAUAAAUGCUAAUCAGAUAAAAUAAUAAUCAUAGAAAAAGUGCAAGAACGAUAGCUUUCCCUGCAUGCUUUGGAAAAUAUGACAACCUAAAGACUUUCAGAAUUGAUUCUCUAUUUACCCGCACCUGCAUUUCACUAC